AACAAUAAUUCCCACUACGUACGUAGCUCCCAUUUUCCAUCGCGCUUCCCUGUCUUACUCCAACGACGAUGUUCGCCGUGUCUCUCCAAGACCGCCUCAAGGCGGCGGUAAACUCUUUAGAAGCAACAGGCUCCACUUUACAAGCACGCGCCUUGAACGCAAAUCAACAUCCGCAAGACACGAGAGACUCGAGUCCCCAGGACGCAACCAGUGCGAAUCCCCGUCCUGCUUCCCCAUCUCCUCCCUUUCCACACUCAAAUAACAGCAAACAGGAUGUUAGGUCAAAAUCUGUCCCCGUGCCUCUGAAUCAAGCGGCCUAUACCGGCGCAACUACAAGUCAGCUCGCUGAGAAUGCUCUCUCAGGUCUUAGAAAGUCCUUCCAGUUUGGGCGAAGCUCUCUGGACCUUUCUGAUCCAGUGGGAAUCUCAUCUUCACUUCCCGCUACCCCGAGUGGUCAAGGAGUCAAGGACAUUGAUUUACCUUCACCUUCAGCUUCAGUGCCUGCUGAGCCCUCAGCGUUCGCGGGAAAGUCACCAGCUGUCAGUUUUCUUCAAAUCACGGAUGCCGCUAAUGGGCCUACGGAAAUUCACGCGCGAUCCACCACGAUGAGGACACUGAUUCCAGGUGAUCCCAUGUCAAUACCAUUACCCCCAUCACCCACAUUAUCGUCGAUCUUACCUUCUCCAGAGGCGGAUCCUUUAGGAGCUUCCACGUCAUAUGAUAGUGUCGAUGAGGGAACGAUCCCCGGCCACAAAGAGCUAAAACCUGUAGAGAAGCCAGAUCAAGAUGAAAAGGAUCUCAAUCAGCCUGAUGAAGAAAUGGCUUCUACGAAUGUGAAGAAGUUGGCUGACCUCGAAAGGCGGUACGAUGAUCUGUCCAACAGAUUCACAACUCUUCUUAUUCAGGCACACCAAGCAAACAAGAUUUUCAAAGAGCUUACUCCACUGGAAAGCUGCAUCAGUGAUGUCGAGGCCUUAGAGGGAUGGAUAAGGAUGAUGGUAGGAAAAGUUGAGAUGAUGGGAACGGAAAUGAAGAGACUCCAAGACAAUCUCACUUUACAAGACUCUAGGAUUGAAGAGCUCCGUGAUACGCAUCGACUUGAAUCCGCCUCUCAAAAUGAACUAGUUUCCAAACUCCGAUCUGACCUUUCUGAAUCUCAGUCUAAACUUUCCACAUAUUCCUCUACUGCGGCCACCGUGACUCAGCUGCGUGCCGACCUUGCCAAAGCUCAGACUCAAGCCAAAGAAGAGGAAGAAAAGCGAAUCAAAGCUAUCUCUCUACUCAAAACUGUCCGCCUGAAACUUGUAAAGGUUGAAAAGGAAAAGGAGGAGCUCGAAAAAGAUAGGGCGAGCGAGAGAGCUGAGAGGAGUCGAUUGAAUGAGGAAAUGGAAAAGGCGAAAAUUGAGAAAGAGAAGGAAGUCUCAUCCCUGAAGAAAGGGUUUGAAAGAGAGCUGGGGGGGGCCAAAGAAAGGUAUGAGAAAGAAUUAAAAGACAAAAAGGCGAGUUGGGAGCUCGAGAUGAUCACAACAAAAGCUGCUCACGCCAAAGAGCUUUCCCAAAAAUCGGUCAAAAUUUCAGGACUUGAAGCCAUCAUCAAAGAGCUCAAUACCAACAAACAGACUAUUCAUGCCCUUCUACAAAGCAAGCAAGCCGAGGCCGAAUCGGCCAGAGCAGAUAUGGAAGAGAUGCAGACUAAGAGCAAAGAACUAGAGUUCCAAUUGCGGGAGGCGAACGAGCGCUGCUCUUUACUGGAGGACAGUUUGAGAGAUGAUGGUAUGGGAAGAGGGGGACCAGUGGGGAUGACCGUACUAGAAACUAGGAGGGAUUCACUCUCCUCAAGUAGGAAUAACAGCUUGUCAGGUACAAGUCCAAUGGAGAUCCAACGACUCCUUGCUGAAUCUGAAUCUCGCGCUGAGUCUAAGCUUUCAGAACUUCGCGCUCGUAUUCGCUCGCUCGAAUGUGAGAGAAACGAACUCGAAGAAGAAUGGGCAGGUAAGAUGCAAGAAAGGGUGAGGGAACUGGAGAAAAUGAGGAGAGUCCUUCUAGAUAAAGAAAAAGAGCAUGCCAGGAGUUUAGAAGGCUUGAGAGAAAGAGAAUCGACGAUCCAGGAAGUAGAACAGAAGACAAGAGACCUGGAAGCUGAGAUUUCGAGGAUGAAGCUCAGGAUGGAGGAGGUUGAGGGGGACAAGGCUGUCGCCUCCGAGUCCGAACGGGCUGCUCGCGAGGAACUUUCUUCUCUUCAGCACGAACUUGUCGACCUUCGUUCGCAGUUGGAUGAUUCCAAAUCUCAUAUCAGUUUCCUUAAGUCUACCAACAAGACACUUCGCGAUGAGAUGCGAAAGAUACAGUCAUCCGUUCAGCUGAUGGAAAAGCAACGAAAUCCUGGAGUGGGUUAUUGGGCUGCUGCCGCAGGUCAGAGAUCAAGUAUGGUCGGCUCUCCGAUGUCUAGUGUGAACGUCGAUUCGCCCGCACUGGGAAGAAAGAGCGUAGAAAGCAUUAGAACAACGGCUGGAACGGAAAUAGGCAGCGACCUGGGAGAGAGCAAGAGAACUCCCGAGGAAGACCUGAAUUUGGAGUACCUGCGGAAUGUCAUUCUACAAUUUCUCGAGCACAAGGAGAUGCGACCGAACCUCGUAAGGGUGAUGUCCGUCAUCCUUAGGUUUACUCCCCAGGAGUUGCGAAGACUGAAUGCGAAACUGCUCAGUUAGCAGCAUUAGACGUUGCUGCUCGGGGGUAUACCAUUGUAUCUCGAAGUCCUUUCAUGGUAGUUUGUAGUUCAACCAUGAACCAGGCAUUGCCAUGGAAAAGUUGUAAAUUAUGUCUCGAACCGAUCGCUCCUUCCCUCUGCCCAGUAGCAUUUCAGUAAAGCAGCUUUCUCUCCAUUAUGUAGGCGGCAGGUCAUUUAUGCACAAGCUGUACGAGUCUAUCGUAGCAAAUAGUAAUGUACAAUCUCAAUCAUAAUAAUAUAUAACAAUAUAAUUACAUUGAAUUAUC